UCAGCCGUUUCAAGCUCUCACCGUACCGCUCGCGCCCCCAAUAGAAUGGAUUGGAUGCAGAGGGGGGGGGCAAAAUGAUGUGAGCAGUCUUUGCCGGGCACACAACAUGUUUGUUUCGAGGGCAAAAUCAGGUCUGUUUAGUAGCCGUUGCGGAUCCCACAAGCAAUACCCUACUUUUCCCAGUCUCCCUUUCUCCUUACACCAUCUAAAGAAAUGUGAUACACUGUGCCUCCCUACCUGGCACAACUUGCCAUCGAACAAACGGAAACGAGGCCCACGCUCUUUCUCUCCCCAACUCACACACAAAACAAAUACUGCUCGUGCUUUACGUCGUGAACGCACACAAUAUACACAGCCGACCCAGCGGGGCCAGACGCAUCCACAAUAGGGAGGUUUCUGCCGGAUUGUACAGGGUUGUCCCCUACCUCGUCGCUUCUCUUCUCGUGUUCUCUUUCUCGGAUUUCUUGUCAGAACCGGGGGUCAUCGUUGGUUGAAUCGUUGUGUGGAAGUGUUCGUUUUCCUUCUCUUCAGUAUCUUGAUUGCCGAAAAAGAAAAGAAAAU